AUGCCAGUUUUCGAUUACACCAACAAAGUCGUCCUUGUUACAGGCCUUGGUGCUGUAGGCGAAGGUUACGGAAAUGGAACUGCCAUGGCAUCUGCAAUGGCGCGACAGGGAGCCACAAUCUUUGGCUGCGAUAUCAACCUAGAAGCAGCGAAUCGAGCGGCGGAUAUGAUCAGGGACGAGGCUGAAGUGAGAAAUCAUCCUUCGAGAAAGCAAGGCCGGAGCAUUGUGGAUGUGAUCCAGCAAAGUACCGACGUCACCAAGAAGCAGGCAUGCCAAGCCUUCGACGAUGCCUGUAUGGAGAAGCAUGGUCGCAUAGACAUUUUGAUCAAUAAUGUCGGCAAAUCAGAACCAGGUGGGCCGGCAGAAUUGACCGAGGAGAUAUGGGACAUGCAGACGGAUGUGAACCUGAAGUCCGUAUAUCUGAUGUGCCAUCUUGUACUGCCAAUACUGGAGAAGCAGGGCACUGGCGGCGUGGUCCUGAACGUCUCCUCCAUAGCUGGUCUGCGAUACGUUGGAAAGCCACAGGUAGGGUAUGCCGCGACCAAGGCGGCGAUCAUCCAUUUCACCAAGACUACCGCCGUCAUGUAUGCACAGCGCACAGGUGGCAAGGUUAGGCUGAACACUGUCGUGCCAGGCUUGAUCAAUUCACCCCUGGUAAGUGUGCUCGCGGACAAGUAUGCCGGUGGUGACCAGGAGGGAUAUCGCAAAGUCCGGGACGCACAGCUUCCUACCGGCAAGAUGGGUUCGGUUUGGGAUGUCGCACAUGCGGCACUGUAUCUUUGUUCAGACGAAGCAAGCUAUGUCAGUGGCCAGGAAAUUGUGGUUGAUGGAGCAGUGACCAAUUCGACUGGACAACCUGAUAUGGGUGGAUAG